CAGUGUGAGAAAAUUGAAAAUUUGUUUUAUAUUUAUUUUAUACUUUUUUUCAUUCAUAUUCUAGAUCGGCACCAUCUGUUCGAUCAUAUGCUACAAUAGAAAUACAGUAUUGUCAUAAAUAUUCGACAUUGAUGAGUUUAUGUUUGAUUUUUGUUUAUUAUAGACCCCAACCAUUAAAAACACUUAUGAGUUUAACAAAUGAUGUACAAAAGAUUUAUGCUGAAUAUGAGGCAAAUAUUCUACAGUUUUUUUUUCUCUAGAAUACUUUCAAUUUUCUUGUAUAUCUAACACUAUUACAGUGUGUCUCUCUAGUCAGUCGAAUGUACAAAAUCAAUUAAAUAAAUGCUCUUGAUUUUUGUUUAUAACAAGUUUUCUUGACAUUUAGAAAUUAAAUACUUUAGCUCCAGUAGUAGACGAUUUGGAUAAGAAUGUUGAAUAUUCGCAAUAUGAUCGAUACAUUGAUAUACCAUCUCGAGGAAAAUGGAAACAUACUGCUGUAUAUUUGAACGAUCCAAACAAAAUGCAUGAUUAUAUCAAUGCAAAUUUAAUAAAGAGUUCGAAUUUAGACAUUAAAUAUAUUGCUACUCAAGCACCAUUAUCGAAUACAAUCGAAGAAUUUUGGUGGAUGAUUUUACAAUAUAAAGUGACAAAAAUAGUUAUGUUAACAAAAUUUGAAGAACGAUUAGAUUCAGAACGUUUGAUUAAUAAAUGUGCUCACUAUUUUCCAAUGGACAAACAAGAACAUAAAAUGUACGGAUCAAUAGAUGUUGAAGUUUUAGACGUUCAAAUUCAAUCAGAAUUAGAAAUAAGAGAGUUAUGUGUCACUUCUGCUCUUAAUGUACAACACGUAACACACUAUUACUUUACGGCCUGGCCCGACUUUGGUAUUCUUGACAAACAAAAACUUAUCGAUCUUAUUCAAAUGGUGAAUAAAAGUGUAACAAAAACCAUCAAUGAUUCAUCUACGGCUUCUAGUGAAAAAAUAGCGGCACCUUUAGUUGUGCAUUGCAGUGCGGGCGUUGGUCGCACUGGAACUUACAUUGCCGUUGACACUGUUAUGCAUUUACUGGAUAAAAUAUCCUACGAUGAAUUAGCUAACGCAAAACUUGAUAUUAUGGGAAUUGUAUAUCAAUUACGUUUGGAUCGGGCAAGAAUGGUUCAGACAAAGGAUCAAUAUUUAUUGAUCUAUCGCUGUGUUGAAGAAUAUCUAGCGAGAACCGGCCGAUUUGAUGCGUGUAAGCAAAUUAGAAAUAUCUAA